GAAUAAGCACUAAAUAUACCUCUUAUUUCGUUGUUUCUUUUAUUUCGUCUUUCCAUGGAGUUCCCGUGCUGUUGUACUUGGCAUGUAACGAUUAUUCUUGCUGAAUAUAUAAUAAUAAGGUAUCGUUGUUUUACGUCAGUUUAAUCUUUAGAGAUAAGCAGUUGUUCUACAUAGUAUCAAAGGAGGAGAUUCCGAGUUCGAAUUUUAUCCGACUCUUAAUUAUUAUUAUUAUUUAAUCGCCUCUCAUUUAAUUCAACUCAAGUCCUCACGGCCGAUCAAAGAGUCACGAGCCCAAAAAAAGAGGGGGAUUAUUGAAUGUAUAAUAAUAAAAUGCUAUUGUCUAGUAUUUUUUUUGUUUUUAAAGAUAAACAGUUUUCAGUCGCGUAUCUAGCACAGUUGUCUAAGAGUUCAAUAUUCGAUACUCGAGGUUCCAAGUUCGAAGCUUAAUUUUUGACUCUAGAAGAGAGUUAAGGGAUCAGUUGCAGGACUCGUAGCAAGGAGAUAUUAUUUGAGGAGGAGAGUAAACUGAAAAUUUGAAGCCACUUGAUCUUGUGGAAUUUGGAGAAUCAUGAUUUCUCAUUGAAAGCUAUAGGAGGCAUGGAACUUCUACAGUUGAACAGUUUCUAAGCUUUGUCAAUAGCAUGUUAUUCUAAAGUUGAAUCGACUCUGCGGCAGGGCUUUUUGUGUUGCUGAAUCAUCACUCUGCCUGUUUUCUCGCGCUAUGACCGCAAUCCAAACACUAUAUGAUGCCUGUAAAGUAUCAUUCUCUCCGAACGGCCCGGUAUCUUCGGAAGUUCUUGAGCAUGUUCGGAACAUACUAGAUGAGAUCAGAGCUUCUGAUGUAGGUCUUGAGCAAGAAGCACAACUAGUAAAAGGUUGGAAGCCUUCGAAAAGUGGUCCGAAUGGGAAGAAAGGGCGCAACGGCAGCAAGCAAUAUUUGCCACCAAUCAAAUAUUUGCAUAUACAUGAAUGCAGAAGCUUCUCGAUUGGGAUACUUUGCGUGCCGCCACAUGCUGUUGUUCCACUGCAUAAUCAUCCCAGAAUGACUGUUCUGAGCAAGCUUCUUUAUGGUUCAUUGCUUGUCAAGUCGUAUGAUUGGAUCGAUGUAGCUGGUCACAUUGAAGCCCCAAAAGCGAGACCAGCGAAGCUCGUUAUAGAUGGCGAAAUGUUCGCACCGUGCCGGACGACAAUUCUCCACCCCACGAGCGGCGGCAACAUCCGCUCUUUCAAAGCCAUCAUGCCGUGUGCGCUCCUCGACAUUUUAUCACCUCCUUACUCGUCUGAAGACGGGCGGCAUUGCUCUUAUUUUAGAAAAUCCUCCAGAAAGGAUACUUUCGGUUUUUCCUUAGAGGGAAUAAAAUCCUCUCAUGUUGCUUGGUUGGAAGAGUAUCAGCCACCAGAGAGCUUUAUUAUCAAGAGAGGAUUGUACAAGGGCCAAAGAAUAAGUACUUAAACAAGCUGUGCUCUGUUGUACAAUAUCAUCAAUCAAAUUGCUUCUGCUUCACUAUUUUUCUUUUGUUUUAAUCUACAACAAAUAAUUUCUCCUACUCAGUCACUAAUUGUAUAAUUUGUUAACUUCAAAUUCUACAUGAUAAUGUAAAUUUCUGGUCUAAUUAACUCAUCUUCAACAUCUGGAAGGAUGAGAAUGCCUAACAUUUUUCA